AUGGGCUACUCGGAAAAGUUCAGAGAUGAAGAAGGAGCAAAGCAAGAUGGAAAGAAAUGGAUCAUUGCCGGUAUACCUAGCCGAAAUCCCCUUUCUCCUAUUAUUAUAAACCCCUCUUCAAAUGAAGGGAAGUUUGAUGGCGAUGAGAGAUCUCGAACACCAACGAGCAAAGAAGCGAGAAUACCAGAGAAGCUUCCAUGUCCUCCUGCUCCACGAAAGCCAAAGCUUUCUUCAAAGUUUCCCAUGAAUGGGUUCAAGGAGUUCUUUAGUUCCCCUGACUUGGAUGCUCUCUUCACAAUCCAUUUUAAAGAGAGAGUCUAG